UUAUUUCCGCUUAGGAUUGUUCUCUAAACAGGAUGAGGCUGUUUGAAUAAGGCAUUUCACGGCUGAGCUGUUAAAGCGCAUACAAACAGUAUCUAGUCUGGGACAUGAACAGGAUAUAUAUGCUUUAAAUCGGUGGGAAGAUGCUCUGCGCUCUGUUCGUGGUCCUCUACCUUCUGUUGGCUGCUGAAAGAGCGACGUGUGCCACCAGCAAAUGCACAGCCAACGCGUGUUUCACUCUCCACACAGAAAAGGUAGACUUUCAAAAAGCCAACGCCAGGUGCUACGAAAACGGCGGCUACUUGAUCACAGUAAGAGACAACAAUGAUUUAGAAGUCCUGAAGUCAGUUCUCGCGUUAGCCGGGAAGCUUUCAGUGCAUGAAAAAGUCUGGAUAGGACUGAAGCUUUCUAAAGGGAGCUGUGUGCACGGUGACGAGGCUCUGCACGGCUUCAGGUGGAUCUCUGGCGCCCCGGAUUCCUCCUUUUCCAACUGGGGAAAGGAACCGACGAGCACCUGCACGGAAGAACGCUGCGUUUCGCUCUCUACGUCGACCAAGGACCUUAAAUGGAGCGAUGGCUCUUGUAAAUCGCAUGCACUUUAUGUAUGUGUGUAUUAUUUUAGGGGCAUGUGCAAACCUUUGUUAUUUGCGGGACCAGGAGAGGUUAAUUACACACUUCCAUUUUUAAAAGUGCCAGUUAGUCAAGAUAUCGGUUUGGAUAUGUUUCCUCAUGCAACAUUCGCUGAGAUAACUUGUGCUUAUGACAGUGAUGUGAACACUCGUGUGCUAUGUAAAGAGAGAGGCGCACAUUUCGUUUGGGAAAAGCCCGGGCCGUUUUGCGCUUCGGAUCUGCGGCUUUGCAAACAUAGAAAUGGGGGAUGUGAUCAGCUAUGCGUUGAGGAUAAAGUCGGAGUACGUUGUGAAUGUAAGAAGGACUACUACCUCGGCGACGAUAAAGUAACAUGUUUCCUUAAAGACCCCUGCCGCAAUUCACCAUGCACACACAAGUGCACGCCAAAAGCGACCGGGUUUCUUUGCACGUGUCAAGAGGGCUUCGAGCUUUCCGAAGACAACGUCAGCUGCAAUGAUGUUGACGAAUGUACCCAGGACAUAUGCAAUGGACAUAUAUGUCACAAUAAACAAGGGAGCUAUGAGUGUGAAUGCAAGAAAGGCUUCAAGGAAGUUAAUGGUGUAUGCGAGGACAUAGACGAAUGCGCAGAAUCGGUGUGCGCGCAUCACGCCAAAUGUCUCAAUUCCCAGGGUUCCUUCUCCUGCUACUGUUCUCAUGGUUUUAGAAAGUAUGAAGAUCAGUGUGUAGAUGUCGACGAAUGUCUGAGUCGGCCCUGUGAAGGUAUAUGCACCAAUACGGACGGCAGCUACACGUGUUCUUGUGGCCCAGGCUCCCGCUUAGCUAAGAACGGCAUCAGCUGUCUUCCAGACCAAAAGCGCGCACCUGAUUUCGAAAUAUUGUUAACUGCAGGGUUUGAUCAACCGGAAAUAACCACCGUCACGCCACGUUUAAACGCCGAGGCAACUGUGGCGCACCAAAGUGUGCGCAAAGAUGGCUCCGUUGCCGGUUCUUGGACAUUGGUGUAUGCCUUGUGCUCGGUAAUCCCCUUACUCCUCCUGAUUACACUCACCGCGGUUAUUGUUGUUCACCGCUGGAAUCGCUCACGCAAAGACGCUAAGAAGAAAACCGUCACGGCAGACAGCUACUGCUGGGUAUCUUCUGGAUACACAAACCAGUUAGAAACUCAGCGGAACAGAAUCUACUGACAGUGCUUCACUUAUAAUAGACCACAUUAGACCAAAAACGUUACUACUGUUUUGAUUUUGCUUGCCAUACACACAAUUGUAUCUGUACUUUGAAUCUUUGUAAUUUUUUAAUCAAUAAGACUGGACACUUGAUACAAGAUAUUUUUGACUGCCUCUCUGAACUGAACUAGAUCAACUCGCCUGUAAUCAAAAAACUUUUAAAACCUGUUAUGUCCUAAUGACAUUAUUUGAAGUGUCUCCAAAACACAACACAGUAUAUAAUCCUUUGUGUGUUAUUAAAAAUUAUGCUUGUAAAUGAAUAAGAUCUAUGUGUAUGUAUGGACACACACACAUGCACGCACACAGAUAGACAUGACCCCUAGUGGUUCUCUAGGGAUGUUUCACACAUAGCCAGGGAGUCCACAGUUAUCAUUUUAACGGAGCUUACUAUAAACUAGCCUGCCGUUGCACUCUAAUCAAGGUUGCAAAGUUCUACACUCCUUAAAACCUUCUACAUUGACCCUGUUUUUAAUACACACUCAUUUAUAAAGUUUUGCAUAGAACUGUUAGGGAUUCCCAAACCUUUUUAUGGGUGUGAUUGUUGUUGCUGUAGUUUACUUGUUACAGUCUAGAUAGAAGCUAAACUGGCUGCUCACAGUAAUUGAAUUGGUUUAAAAUAGUUUUUUCUGUGUUAUUGAUCACAAACAAACUGCCACUAACUUUCUAUCUGGCUGACAAUGUCUUCAUAAUUUUCAUUGCACAAUAAAAACUAUAGGUACCUAUGAAUUUUAAGCCAUAAUGGUAAAAUAAAUUAGUUUUUUUUUUUUUAAUAUACUUGAGUCCAACAACAAUCAAAAGUAAUCGAAAAUACUGUAUUAAAAAGUGUAAACACUGGGAUAUGUUGAGUAGCUCUACACUUACUGUAUAACCUGAGAUUUUGAUGGGGCAGGAC